UUUAGCUAGCUUAUUCGUACUAGCGUAGUGCUUUUCAGUCAACGUGAGCAAGUUAGCCGUAUACGUUCCGUUAGCUAACUGUGUGCAUAUAGCUAGCUAUGUAGUCUGUAGCUUAUAUUUUUGUGUAGUUUACCAGCUAGCCAUUCAAUGUUUUGUAGUUACUGUAGCGUUGGCAUUGCGUAUUAUUUCAGGCACCAAGCUAACAGAUCUUGCCUUUGUGUCUUGUCAACACUUGGCCGGGACUCUUGUUUACCAUAAUGGUCAUCUUGUGUUGACUGCCGAUCACGUCAACUCAUCGGGUGAGGUUGAGCUAAGUUAGCCCCUACAAAGUUGCAAAAUAUAGCUAAAUAACUAACUAGUUAGCAAAGGAUAGCCUGCUCUGGCAAAUAGUGUAGCUCUUUUCCCGAACAUAGCCAACGUUACGUAUCUGUCAUGCGGGUCUGGGGGUUAACAGGUAAGAUGUUAUAACUAGCCUCCUAGCCAGUCACCAGUGUUGGAAAAACGACCCAAUUGUCAUACUUUCGUAAAAGUAAAGAUACCUUAAUGUACCGAACAAAAAUAUAAACGCUACAUGUGAAGUGUUGGUCCCAUGUUUCAUAAGCUGAAAUAAAAUAUCCCACUAUUUUUCCAUACGCACCAAAAGUUUAUUUCUGUCAAAUGUUGUGCCCAAAUUUGUUUACAUCCCUGUUAGUGAAUGUGUCUCCGUUGUUAAGAUAGUCCAUACACCUGACAGGGGUGGCAUCUCAAGAAGCUGAUUAAACAGCAUGAUCAUUACACAGCUGAAACUUGUUCUGGGGACAAUAAAAGGCCUCUCUAAAAUGUGCAGUUUUGUCACACAACACAAUGCCACAGAUGUCUCAAGUUUUCAGGGAACCCAGGACCUCCGCACCUGGCUUCUUCACCUGUGGGAUCAUCUGAGACCCACCACCUAGACAGCUGAUGGAGCCAAGGAAUAUUUCUGUCUGUAAUAAAGCCCUUUUUGUGGGGAAAAACACAUUCUGAUUGGCUGAUUAGCCAAGUGGGUGGGCCUAUGCCCUCCCAGGCCCACCCAUGGCUGCACUCCUGCCCAGUCAUGUGAAAUGCCUAGAUUAGGGACUAAUUCAUUUAUUUCACUUUACUGAUUUCCUUAUAUGAACUGUAACUCAGUAAAAUUGUUGCAUAUUUUAUUUUUGUUCAGUAUAGAAAAUGACUAGUUAAAGUCACCUAGUGUAGUAAUACAUGUGUAAAAGUAUUUUGUUUUAAAUAUACUUAAGUAUUAAAAGUAUAAAUCAUUUCAAAUCCCUUUUUAUAUUAAGCAAUCUAGACAGCACCAUUUUCUUAUUUAAAUUUAAUUUACGAUAGCCAGGGGCACACGAAGCAUGUGUGUUUUUAGUGAGUCAGCCAGAUCGGAGGCAGUAGGGUUGACCAGUGAUGUUCUCUUGAUAAUUGUGUGAAUUGGAACAUUUUCCUGUCCUGCUAACCCUACGAAAUGUACUUUUGGGUGUCAGGGAAAAUAAGGUACUUUAUUUUCUUUAGGAAUGUAGUGAAAUAAAGUUUAAAUAGUGAAGUACAGAUACACCCCUCCUUAAAAAAUAAAUAUAUAUAUAAUCACUUUUUUAAAUAUAUUUUUUUAACACCACUGCCAGCCACGAGUGUCAUCAGGCCCAAGCCUAUUAUACCUUACUAGGUCUUUACUGAAGAGAAGCAAUGGAUCCCUUUAGGUAACUGACCAACUUAGACAGUUGCACAAUGGCCCCUAAUCUCAUAAUCUUGCUCUUUACUGCAGAGAUGCAAUGGGUCACUUUAGGUAACUGACCAACUUGAACCCCUUUUAGGUAACUGACCAACUUGGACCCCUUUUAGGUAACUGACCAACUUGAACCCCUUUUAGGUAACUGACCAACUUGGACCCCUUUUAGGUAACUGACCAACUUGGACCCCUUUUAGGUAACUGACCAACUUGGACCCCUUUUAGGUAACUGACCAACUUGGACCCCUUUUAGGUAACUGACCAACUUGGACCCCUUUUAGGUAACUGACCAGCUUGGACCCCUUUUAGGUAACUGACCAACGUGGACCCCUUUUAGGUAACUGACCAACGUGGACCCCUUUUAGGUAACUGACCAGCUUGGACCCCUUUUAGGUAACUGACCAACUUGGACCCCUUUUAGGUAACUGUCCAACUUGGACCCCUUUUAGGUAACUGACCAACUUGGACCCCUUUUAGGUAACUGACCAACUUGGACCCCUUUUAGGUAACUGACCAGCUUGGACCCCUUUUAGGUAACUGACCAACUUGGACAGUUACACAAUGCCCCCUAAUCUCUUAAACCUGUUUAAAAAAAAAAAAAAUAUAUAUAUAUAUAUAUAUAUAUAUUUUUAGCUCCAUGUGGUUAUGAAAAAGGAUGAGUGUCAUGUUGAUUUUAGAUAAAGUAAUAAUGAAUUGGCUUGCAACAUCAACCUUUAUAUGUUGGCAAAUAUGUGUCAUCAGUGUGUUGAUGAGCUAUGAGAAUGUGGAGCUGGUGUUCUGUGAAGCAGAGUGCCUGCCUGGUGCCUUCAGGAAGAGUAAGAAGGGGAGUAUCUUCCUGACCCCCUACAGGGUGAUAUUUGUGGCGAAGGGGGGUCGUGAUGCUCUGCAGUCCUUCAUGAUGCCUUUCUACCUGAUGAAGGGCUGUGAGGUCAAACAGCCUGUCCUGGGGGCCAACUACAUCAAAGGCACAGUCAGCGCAGAGCCCGGAGGGGGCUGGGAGGGCUGUGCCACCUUUAAGAUGGUGUUUGCUGCAGGAGGAGCCAUAGAGUUUGGACAGUACAUGUUACAGGUCGCUGCACAAGCGUCCAGAGGGCAGCCUGUGAGUGGUGGCUUUGGGGGUUGUCCCUACAUGGGCAACGGGGCCUAUGCUUACCCUCCUCCCCCAGCCAAUGGGUACCCGGCGGGACCCCCACCCGGGUACUCUUACCCCAACCCCCCUCCACAAGGUGUAUUCUACCCCAACCCACCAGCGUUUGAUGGUCCUGCGGCCUACAUGCCCCCUCCUCCCUACUCCGCCCCCUUGGGGCAGCAGGCCCCCCAGGACCCUGCCCUGCCUUCCACACCUGCAGCGGAGGCAAAGGCAGCAGAGGCAGCAACCAGUGGCAGCUGUUCCACACUUCCUCCCACCUACUUGCCACAGGACAACCCACCCCCCUACUCCCCUACUGAAGACAAGAAGAGCCAGUAGAGAGCCUGUAUCUCAGCUCCCACCCCUCCUUCACACAGCCUGUACCACCACCCCAUCUCUCUAUCCCUAUGAUGUCUUUGUUCCUCCUUUCUCUUCCACCAACCCCUCCUUUUGGUCUAUAUCCUCUCGGUCUACCUUGCUCCGUUUUUAAGUCACUCCACCCCCCCCUCUCCUCCCCUCCUCUGGCCAGUCUCUUAACUCACAACCAGCUAGCUAUGUCAGCUCCUCUUCCCAGCUCAUGUACAGGCAGUUACCUUCUGAGUUCCACUAAACAGUUCUCUGCACCUGACUUUAACUAAACAGUGUUACUUACAGCUUUUCUAAUGGUUGAUGAUAUGAUUGUAGCUUGUUUGAGCCAAAGAUGUCAGGAAAAUGGGGAAUAUUAGGUUAAGACGGAGGUGUUUUUGACUGAGGUUUAGUAGUAUUCUUGGGUACCUGCCUUUUCUGCAUUGCCAAACACUACAUUUUCUUGCCAGAUCAGACAACGGCAAGUUGGCUGAAGCAGAAACGGACAGACAUGCAGGCUCAAGGUUUAGCAGGUCGUUUUGGUGAGAACCUGGUUUAUUUCAGAAGACCGUUGAUGACUAAUUGAACAGGACUGUGAUUUCUCAGCUUUCCAGGGGCUAGCGAAAGGCUGUAUAUUGUUGAUUUAAUUUAUUAUUUCUCUGUACAGGCUUUUAAUGUGACAACUUUUAAUGAGAGGAUAGCAGUAGAUCAUUGGACCAGGUCUUUGUUGAAAAUUUACAUAUCUGAAAUAACACCCUUCUAUAAAGGGAAUAUAGUGUAAUUUGAGACUUUCCCGUUGUGUUGAUAGGAACCAAAAUGUCCGGUAUAGUGGACAGCUAUCUAGAACACUAAGAAUCCCUGAUCCUAUUUGAACUAUCAAACUACAUGGAAAGAUGAUCUUAGCUAUCUGCGACUACUGCUACUUCCUGUGUGUGUGUGUAUAUAGAGCAGUUGCCCUAUGAUGUCAUGUCCUGUGUCACUCUGAACAUUCUAGAACUUACUCACCCACCACAUCACAUCAAGGAAAUGAAACAAAUGAAAUAGUUCCUUGCAUCACAUCACUCUGCAGUGUUCUGGACUAACAGAUUAGAUCAAUAGUCACAUCUCUCACAUCUAACUACACUGAUGGCUAUCAACUUCUCUUGUGGUGUGUCCUUCACUGACAUGUUUGAGGUCAGUCUCCUGAAUCUGAUCUGAGCACCUUAAUAUUUGGGCAUCUCUCUUUCUCUCUGGCACAAUGCAGCUGGAAGAUUCUUUGCACUUUCAGAAUGCUAUGCAUCGGGCCUCUUUGCGCCUGCCAUGGCUAUGUGUAUAGUAAAAAAAAGUCAGAUAUGGCUAUAUUUAUUUCAAGUUCCCACUAAUUUAUUGAUUAAUUCAUUUGAAAUGGUCAAAUAUAUUAUUAAAAAGACCAAAGCAUGGGCUCAAUUGUAACUAAUAUGGAUUGAAUUUUUAUUAAACUGAUCUUGUGAUGUGAA